ACGCGAUGGCUAAAUCAGGCCUGUAUGCGUGAUUAUUUAAACAUUUAUAAUAGAAUGACCUAAUCAUUAUAUUUUCAUCACAGAUAUGGGUCAGUCAAAGUGCAACGUUAUUUAGUAAUUCUGUCACUUCUAUUUUUAUCAAUGAAUGAUGAAUUGGGUAGAUAGGUCAUCUAUAUAGGUCAAGGUCAUCUGUUUCUAUGGUUGUUUUCAAGACUAUUCGUCAUAGAAGUUUUAAACACUACCCAGGAAAGUCACAACCUGCGGCAGUUUAGACAAUAGCUCGUUGCAACGUCGUACAGCUCUGUGAACUUGGUGGUCAUACAUUCAUCGGCAAAAUCUGGAGAUAAAGAAAACGUAAUGAUGUGGAAGUAUGGGCUCUUACUUGUUCUCUUUAUCAUGUUGACGAUUCAGCAAGAAAUAAUCAUCUCCGAGCGAUUUGAAAGCAAUAACAGUUCAUGCACGACAAAGUUAGUUCCUGAAAAUAAAUUGCUGUUGUUCGACAGUGAAAUCGAUAUUUCAGAGGCGGACCUUGACAACCUUCCAGCAGUGCAGUAUGAGCUCAAAAAAUCAGAUUCCGGUUAUGUACCUUUCUGUUACUUUAAAUUGAAAAAUCUUGAGGAAUACAAAUCAGAACAUUGUUUAUGUAACUUUAAUACAACAAAAGCGAUGGAGCGAUUUCAUGUGUUUAUUUCGAUACCUGCCUUACCAGAUUUCAGUGAAGCUACCUUGCGAGGACGGUUGUGGUCUCCUCAUUUGCAAAUCCGCAGUGAAGAGCAAAAACUUCCAAAAAUUUUUGAUCCCCAGAAAAUUGAAACCCUCCUUUAUGUAAACAAUGAAUUGGCAAACAUUACAGAAUGUAAUCAUACUAUUAACGGUUCGGAUGUCACUAUACUUGUUAUAGUACAAAUUAAAAUGGAUCUACCUUUGGAAUUGAAGUUAAUAGCAAAUAAUAACAGAACUGUCAAGCGAGUGGGGUCUAACGUUUUAAUUUACUCAACGAGGUUUAUCGGUCAACAAACAUUUACAAUUAUAUAUGAGAUGUGCAAAAAUGAAGAGUACAGCCGUGCAUUUACUUGCUCAAUCCAAUCUGGAAAUGCAUCAUUAGAUAAUGAAACAAAGUCUGUAGAACAUGAUAACCUCUUCUUCAAUUUGCUUCUUUUUGAAUUAGUACUAGUGAUACUGUUAACUGCAGUUUUGAGUAUUAUAGCAAAAAGGCAAUUGUUUUUAAAACUAAAAGAAACUACACAUGCUCAUAAAGGAAAACGUCGUACACCAGAAACUGAAACUACUCAUGACUACAGCGAAGAUCUUUGUCCCACAAUCUCAUUAAUAGAUAUUGCUCAAACUGAAACUACUCAUGACGACAGCGAAGAUCUUUGUCUCACAAUCUCAUUAAAAGAUAUUGCUCAAACUGAAACUACUCAUGACGACAGCGAAUAUCUUUUCCCCACAAUCUCAUUAAAAGAUAUUAUACUUGAUAAAAAUAAUAAUAUUGAUAAAAAAAAUUAUGAAUUUCUAUGUUUGACUUCAGAGGAAUUAACAGGGAAAUCAAGUUUUUUUUUAAAUAAAGAUGAAUUAACAUAACCAAUAAUCAUGUGAAUCUCUACCUUACUCCUUCCCUAUCCCGAAGUUUCAAACGCACAUACAGAAAAACUCAAACACGCACUCAUUCAUAUACAUGUAUGUACACACACACACGUUUUUAAACACCAACGUUCUUACCAACAGACACACACACAUAUAUAUCUAUGUAUCUGUCUAUGCAACUGUCUAUGUAUGUAUGCAUGUUUGUAUGUAUCUGUCUGUCUGUCUGUCUGUCUAUCUACCUAUCUAUCUAUCUAUCUAUCUUAUCUAUCUAUCUAUCUAUCUAUCUAUCUAUCUAUCUAUCUAUCUAUCUAUCUAUCUAUCUAUCUAUUUAUCUAUCUAUCUAUCUGCCCAUAUGGGCAGUUGUUUGAGACAAACAUCUAUAAAAAAGCUAACAAGAUCCUCGAAAUACGAAUCAUCCUUUGUGUCAGGAUUUUGUGAUUUUACCAUCACAAAAAAGAUACAAGACACCGAUAGCAAAAACAAACAGACACAAACACUCUUUUGUUCCCCUGGCAGUCAAAUCAUGAAAUAAGAACAAUCUGGUAUAAACUUUGUCACAUGUAAAUUAUGAGUGAGUCUGGUGUGAAUGUACACUUUGGUUUCUUAUAGUUAUAAUGUUUUUUGUUUGGUGUAAUGCGCAAAUUGUAAGAUAAAUUUCCUUACGGAAAAUAAAGAUUAUUAUUAUUAUUAUUAUCAUAUCUAUAUCUAUAUUUAUAUCUAUCUAUAUCUAUCUAUCUAUCUAUCUAUAUGCAAUUUUUCGUUUUCUUCUUUCUUUCUCUAUAUAUGCACCCUAACAAAAAAUUACAAAGAUUUGCCUUUCACACAAGUAUCUAUACCGGUAAAGUGUAGAAUGUGGUGGGCAUACUAUAGGAUGUGGGGCGUUUUUAGGCGAGGUACCAAAUGAUUCUCCAUUGUCCACUUUGACCAGGCAUUCUAUAUAAUGACUAGGCAUAUUACAGAAUGACUAGUUCUGCGUCAGGCAAAAUAGAAAAUAUCUUUUUUAGAAAUAUAUUUAUAAAUUAAUUAUAAAUGAGUAGGAAAAAACACAAUGAAACUACAGGAUUUCUUUAGACUAAAAUUACCUAUGUAGGCCCAUGUCUUUAUACCCUGUGCUAAGUGCAAUUACAAUAUUUAAAAAAUAACUAAUUCUUUAAAUUAACCAAUUUAAAACUCGUAAGUUUCUUCUAAUUUGACUAAUUUUAAAUGAGAAAUUAAAAGAUUCAAAAAAAAAAUAAAUUGCGAGCGUGUACAUGCUGCAGUAAAAGAGAAUCGAAGCAGAUCAUAGACUCUUAAAUGCUGCUCUAAUUUUGAACACAUUUUUUUAGUUUUUUAUUAAAUGCAAAGUUAUUAUUAUAAUGAUCUAAUCAGUUGUAUAUAUAUAUUUAAUGAAAAAAUAGUUUUACAAAAUCUGUUGUAUAAAGCUUAGUAAAGUCAACAUAUUCUAUUUCAAUUUGUAUUGUAUUUCAUAACUUUUCUUUGGCUCUUUCUACUUAUAAAUUAUCCUAUGUUAAGAAAUACGUUGUUAGACCCAAGUGAAGUUUACCUGACGCGUAGAAAGCCAUAGAAGGACAAUAAAAAAGAGAAAAGCCUCACUAAAGAGGACAGAAGAUAAAAACAAGACAAAGUAAACUUAAAAAAACUAAGUUUACAAAGUAUUUCAUGAUAGAGGCAGUAAAAUAAAUUAUUAUAUUUAUCAAAAGUUUCUCAGACGAAAUGAAUAUUAAGAACUGUUUAUCAUUCAAAUGAAACAAUAUAAAAAGUAAGCAAUUUCAAUGUCCGACAUUUUUUUCAAAUAGUAUUUACUGGAGAAAAAAAGCUUUUUAUUGGGUUAUGUAUUUCUGUUUUAUUUAUUUUUAUCUGGUUGGGAUUUAAAUUCAAUUAGAUCAAACAAAAAGCGAUAAUUUAAGUGAAAAAAUACCUUAUUAUAAUUGGUAUACAAAUCUUUUCUGUUUUUUAAAACAGCCCAUUGAGUUGAUUAUAAAGUUGAAUUUCAAGUAUAUUAUAUACGGUUGUAAGCACUUUUAUUUUAGUGUCACAAAUUCAGGCGAAAAUUGAACUGCACUGAAGCCUUGUUUAACAUAAUACAUUAAUAUCUUGUGUUUUCCACGGUAAUAAUAACUAAGCUUUUUAUCUAGUGCACUUAAGUUGUACAAAGCAUGCACACUUAGACAGUCGUAAUUAAACAAACUCCACACUUUAAAGAACAAGACUAAAUUAGAUUGCUGGCGAAUAGAAAUAUUAUUUCGAGAAAUUUAUAUUAUAAGUAAAAUACUUUAUAUCAUUAUCUAACACAUUGGCUGAAGCAGAUGCUAUAGAAUGCUGGGUUUCGCACUUUGCCGAUAACAUAUUUAUAUGUAGAUAUAUGUAUAUAAAGUUUGAUAUAGUGAUAUAUAUAAAGAUCUGUAUACAUAAUUUAAAAGAUUACAUGGUUUUAUUAAUAACAUAAUGUAGUGUUUUGAUUAUGUUUAUAUUACUAAGUAUUUUAUUUGAUUAAACCAAAAUUCUUUGUAGUAUAAUUAUUACUAAUUAAUAAAAAGACUACUGUCCAUUUAUUAAUAGCAAAGAUCUGAAAAAAAAACAUGAAAAUGGUUACUUUGUGUCUAAUUUCACUCAGGCUUUUUUUUAUAUAAAUGUUUUGUAAACUAGUAUCUGGUGACAAAGCCUCGCUCGGAUUAAUAAUUUGUGAAGGAAAAUUAAUAUCUACCCUAACCUAUUUUGGAAACAUUUUUGUAAUGACAAGCGAUGGCCAAUGGGGUAAUCAGUUCCUAUACACAAAACUACUUAUACGUUCUGUUAGUUCUAAAUGCCACUGUACAAGCAAUUUGAAUGGAAAAUCUUUUAAUGAUAUCAUUAUCUUACGAAAAUAAAGUUCAAGAGGGGAAGGUCAUUUUGAACUUUUUUUUUGAGGGGGGGGG